AUGGGUAGUGGGAACUCCAAAGCUGGUAAAAAUGAAGCCUUGCGUCUAUGUAAAGAGAGAAGGAGAUUCAUAAAGCUAGCUAUUGAUUCGAGGUAUGCUCUUGCGGCCGCUCAUGUUUCUUAUGUUCAAUCUCUUAGAAACAUUGGUAUAGCUUUAAGAAGAUCUGCUGAAUCUGAGAUGUUGAUAGAGUGUUCACUAAUAACAUCGGCCACUGAUUUUGAGAGAACCCCAUCACACUCCUCCUAUCCAUUAUCUCCUUCUCAUUUAGGAGCCGAUGUUUCUUAUUCACCAUUGGAAAAUGGAAGUCCCAUUUCUCCGGUCACCACGAAUUUGAGUUACAUGAGAGCAGCGAAUAGUGCUGCUGUGGCUGUUGAGUUGAAUCCUGCUAAUGGUACUUCUUUGGAGGAUGAUUCAUUGCCAAUGCCGCCGCCACCAGUUCCUCCUUUUGCGUCAGGCUCUUGGGAUUUCUUUGACCCCAUUGAUGAUUGUGAGGGCUUUAGAUUUGUUGGAAAUAAUGCAGUUGGUGUGGAUUUUGAGGAUUUAAGAGGGAUUGAUCAUGGUGGUGGUACUAGGCAGACCAAUGCCAAGGAAGUGGGGCAGCUAGGCGCAGAACAUAAUGUUAAUGGUCCAGCUGAAACUUUGGAGAGCCAAUGUGCUCUUGAACAAUCAAGUUCAACAAGGGGAAAUGCUAUUGGGGAGAAAGAUUUAUCAGCAGAAAGAGAAGAUCCUUCUGAGUUUGUAACCCAUAGAGCCAAGGAUUUUCUUUCAAGCAUAAAAUAUAUUGAACAUCGAUUCUUCCGAGCCUCAGAAGCAGGCAGACAAGUGUCCCGGAUGGUUGAUUCUAACAAAAUCAAGCCAAUGCAACAUGUAAGUAAAAUCAUCCACUGGAAGAGAUCAACAUCUUUGGGGUCUUCUUCAUCGAGGAACCCACUAGCCACGGGUGAUGCUGAUGACAGUGCAAGUGAUUUUAUUGAAGAGUUCUGCAUGAUUGCCGGUAGUCAUUUGUCCACCUUGGAAAGACUGUAUGCAUGGGAAAGAAAACUCCAUGAUGAAGUGAAGUCUAGUGAAUCUAUCAGGAAGGAGUACGAUCAGAAGUGUGAUCAGCUCAGACACCAGUUUGCUAAGGGUCUUAGCACCCGAGUGAUCGACAAAACACGGGCAGUAGUAAAGGAUCUACACUCCCGAAUUAGAGUGGCACUUCAUUCUGUUAAUAACAUAUCAAAGAGAAUUGAAAAAAUGAGAGAUGAAGAGCUGCAGCCACAGCUUGUAGAGUUAACUGAGGGAUUGCUCAGAAUGUGGAAGGCAAUGCUAGAAUGCCAUCAUUCACAAUAUAUCAUCAUCUCACUGGCAUACCAUUCAAGGAACUCAACGGAUGCGGCACAGGUAGAUGCGCGGAGGCAGAUUAUGGCUCAGCUUCGGCAAGAAUUCGAAUGGUUUGGUGUUAGCUUUAUUGACUGGGUCAAUAGUCAUGCAUCUUAUUUGGAAGCUUUGAAUGGCUGGCUGCAAAAUUGCAUCAUAGAACCGCAGGAACGCUCGAAAAAUCGAUAUCCAUUCUCACCUCAUCGAUAUCUGGGAUACGGGCCACCAAUAUUCGUACUAUGUCGUGAAUGGUCAGCUGGGUUAAAAGCCUUGCCAGCUGAGGAACUUAGCGUUGCCAUCAAAGCCUUCAUGUCGGAUAUUUUUCAUUUAAUGGACCAAGUAGACAAACUACAGAAGGAACACAAAUUAGUUGAUGCAAACAAUGGAGAAUCGGAGAGCAAAGACGGUCUUCAUGCGAUUACAGAUGGCGAUACAACCGAUGAUGCAUCUUCCACCUUGAGCUGCAUACAGGCGAGUUUGACUCGGGUUCUUGAUAGACUAAACAAAUUCUGCGAGGCCUCGGUCAAGAUGUACGAGGAUGUUAGACAAAAAAGUGAUGCUGCUCGAAUUGCAUACCUCAAGUUGCAGGCCAACUAGAUUCUGUAAAGCUGUGUGAUGGUUAAAUAUAAGCAACGUUAAGAUUUUGGGUUUUGGAA